AUGAACAUUGUCCACACGACAGGACUGCGCUGUAUUCAAACAGCCUUGAAGGCCUCACCUUCUAAAAAACGUUGCAACUCCAUCGCCGCCCUGAAGGCCACCUCGCAAGAGAUCGUGUCCUCAAUUAGCCAGGAGUGGAAGGACGAGAAGCGGGACUUGCUGACCGAGGGGCAGAGUUUCAGCAGCCUUGACGAAGAAGCACUGGGAUCCCGACACAGGCCAGACCUGGUGCCUAGCACCCCGUCACUGUUUGAAGCUGCUUCCUUGGCAACCACUAUUUCAUCGUCUUCCUUAUAUGUCGAUGAACAUUGUCCACACGACAGGACUGCGCUGUAUUCAAACAGUAAAGGGUUACCUUCCAGUUCAACAUUUACCUUGGAAGAGGGGACCAUCUACUUGACUUCUGAGCCAAAUGCUCUGGAAAUGCAGGAUGAUAACACCUCCGUGCUUGAUGUCUAUUUAUAAGUGAAAACGGUGACCAUGAGACAUGAACACAGUUGUGGAUGAGAAUUUUCUCCACUCCGGAAUUACCCAGAGGAACUUGGCUGACCCCCGCUGCACACAGAGUAAUAAUCAGCUGGAUUUAGGAGUUUGCAAGGUGUCAGGGGAGCCUUGGUCCAUAGGCUGAUCAGCAGAUGUGAUGUGAAAAACACCACACUAUUCUAUCAUUUGCUGUUGCUUGCUCAACUGUGAAGAACUGCAUGAGCUCUAUUUAAGCUGCUUUCUACACCAUUGCCAAUCACCAUUUUGGACUUGGAAGUGCUAUUUUCCUAUUGACACUUGCAUUAUUUCGUUUUGCAUGCAUCCAGUGAUUAUACAUAAACAACAUAUGUAAUCUGCUUAUUUUUUAAAAAUCCAUCCAUGCAAAAUGGUAAAUAAAGUAUAAAUUCUGCUCUUUUUUGCAAAAUUAUAAUCAUAGCCCAUGUCUUUAAAAGUUUAAAUUGGUUUCAUAUAAAGAUCAGUGUAAUAGGUCUGCAUAUACUUUAUAGAAAACUAGCUUCUAUAAAGAUUUUUUCACUGUUUACUAGUGAAAUGAGAAAAGCAAAGCUAUUUAUAAAAGGCCUUAUGUCGUGUACAUACGUUGUCUUUGAAAUAUUUGUGAUUUAGUUUAUUGCUUGUAAAAGAGAAAUUAUAUAAUUUAUUUAGUAAAUACUAUUGUAAACUAUAGUUUUAUUGAGAGAAAUAAAAUAUUUUGUUCUCAA